AUUGUAUUAAAAAAAAAAAAAACCCAGAAAAUACUCCAGAUUUCCAAUCCUGGGUGCUCAAUUGCCAAGUAGUACUAUGCCUACUCGAUCCCCUUGUAGGACACUACACCUCAUGAUGUACUAUUAAGAAUUUGCAGUUGCAAUAUCGAAUCAAAACUCUCCCUCGAUUUUAUGCUGCAACGCAUUUCGUGACUUGACUUCUCCAAUUUUCUUAUCACCUACCUCACACGCCAAACCUCACUGUACUCCGUAUCGGCCAUCAUUGUCACCCACGAAGUACAGCGAUAAGAAAGCAAGAUAUUUCUCAGUCUCCGCUGUUAUAAGUCAACCUCUGAGAUUUGGAUUUUGGAUACUGAGAAAAUGGGGAGUUUGGGCGCUAUUUUGAGGCAUCCUGAUGACUUUUACUCGCUUGUGAAGCUCCAAAUGGCGGUCAGGCACGCAGAGAAGCAGAUCCCUCCAGAGCCACACUGGGGCUUCUGCUAUAGCAUGCUUCAUAAGGUGUCUCGUAGUUUUGCUCUCGUCAUUCAGCAGCUCGGAACCGAGCUUCGAAACGCUGUUUGCAUAUUUUAUUUGGUCCUUCGAGCCCUUGAUACUGUUGAGGACGAUACUGGCAUAGCUACAGAUGUCAAGGUGCCAAUAUUAAAAGCUUUUCAUCAUCACAUAUAUGAUCGUGAUUGGCAUUUUUCAUGUGGGACAAAGGAGUACAAAAUCUUAAUGGACCAGUUUCAUCAUGUUUCGAAUGCAUUUCUGGAACUUGGAAAGAACUAUCAGGAAGCAAUUGAGGAUAUUACCAAAAGGAUGGGAGCUGGAAUGGCCAAAUUUAUUUGCAAGGAGGUGGAAACAAUUGACGACUAUGAUGAAUAUUGUCACUAUGUAGCUGGACUCGUUGGGCUGGGUUUAUCUAAGCUUUUCUAUGCAUCUGGUUUGGAAGAUUUGGCUCCAGACGACCUCUCUAAUUCAAUGGGUUUGUUCCUUCAGAAAACAAAUAUUAUCCGAGAUUACCUGGAAGACAUCAAUGAGAUCCCAAAGUCACGCAUGUUUUGGCCUCGGGAGAUCUGGAGUAAAUAUGCUAACAAACUUGAGGACUUGAAAGAAGAAGACAAUUCUGUCAAGGCAGUGCAAUGCCUCAACGACAUGGUUACCAAUGCUUUGAUGCAUGUUGAACAUAGCUUACAAUACAUGUCUAACUUACGAGACUUAGCUAUAUUUCGUUUUUGUGCCAUUCCUCAGAUCAUGGCCAUUGGGACUCUUGCAUUAUGCUACAACAACAUCGAAGUCUUCAGAGGUGUAGUUAAAAUGAGGCGUGGUCUAACUGCCAAGGUGAUUGAUCGGACAAAGACAAUGUCAGAUGUCUAUGGUGCUUUCUUUGACUUUUCUUGUAUGUUGGAGUCUAAGGUUGACAAAAAUGAUCCCAAUGCAGCAAAAACAUUGAGCAGGGUGGAAGCUAUACAAAAGGCUUGUAGAGAAUCUGGUCUGCUUAGUAAAAGGAAAUCUUAUAUUUUGAAGAGUGAACCUGGAUAUAACUCAGCCACGUUUCUAAUACUUAUGGUCGCGCUGGCUCUCAUUUUCUCAUAUCUCUCCACCAACCGGGACAACAAUUGAUCUGGCGUGAGAUGGCAAUGCAACAGUGCUGUGUUGAUCAUUAUCCAUGAUGUGGACGUUCGAGAUCAUGAGGUAGAUGACUGGUGUUGAUUAUGCUAAAAAGAGGCGGCGUGUGUUGAAGCCAGAUGUGGUUCCUGUGGUCUGUAUGACGUACCUUCCUGUGUUGAGUUUUUCUUUUAUCCUCUUGCCACCCAUACCAUUGUCGUUUACAUGGCAGUGUUAUUGGCCGUUACACAGGGAUUAAGUUGCUACAAGUGAACCCUCACAACGAAAAUGUCUGUUAUAUGUGUUUGGGCCACAAAGAGAUCUGGGAUUAUAAGGUUCCAUAUUGUUAAGAAUAUGAAAAUACGUGCUAUUAAUUAUAUUUUCACUAUUAUUAUUUUA